CUCUUCGCUGCACCACGUGACGAGCAGAGGCGCCGUCUGUCACACAAGAGCAGCAGCAGCAGCAUGGCUUUACGGGCUUGUGGUCUGAUAAUAUUCCGGAGAUGCAAGGCGGGAAUCUCAGCUGCUGCCACAGAUGCUAUUGAGUUCCUCCUCCUACAGACUUCCUACGGGGAACACCACUGGACACCCCCAAAAGGCCAUGUGGACCCUGGAGAGGAUGAUAUGAGCACUGCCCUGAGAGAGACAGAGGAAGAGGCCGGCCUGGACUCCAGCCACAUCAGCCUGGUGAAAGGGUUCCACAAAGAACUGAAUUACAAUGUCCGAAACAGGCCAAAAACGGUUAUAUACUGGCUGGCGGAGCUGAAGGACUACACCACUCCAGUGAGGCUCUCCAAUGAGCACCAGGACUACCGCUGGCUCCAACUGGAAGAGGCCUGUAAAUACUCUGGUUACCAAGAUAUGAAAAACACCCUGAAAGAGGCGCAUCAGUUCCUGCUCAACCAGGAAGUGGAACCAAGACAGCAGUAAAGAGAUGCUAUCCUCCCCUGAAAAUGUUUCAAGUGGACAUUUAUGUCAACAAUAAAGACACUGAGGCAUCAAAGUACUAGAAGCUGCCAUGUUUUAAUUAAAUAGCAUUAUGGGGCAGCCAGGUAUAAUCAUUUUAAUCACUGUGUGAAAAUUAUUGAACCCUUUUGGUCUCCCCCCAGCCUGCUGCAAGGGCUUUUGGGAAGAGUGGUGGGACUCGAGCAUCUCUUGAAAGGGUCAAACCCAUUCAUGGAGUACAUGAAAUACCAUAUUUGUGUAAAACAAUUUGCCUUGAAUUUAUUGCUUAAUCAGGAAUUGUCAAAAAAAAAUUUGCUUGAAAGAAAACAGUGAAAAUAAAUGGUACUUUAUACUAAA